UAUACCUCCACACCCUGAACCAAGAGCUAGUCCAGUCCAUCGACUACAGCAGCAGCAGCAGCAGCACAAUGUCCCACCACCACGACCACCACACCCCCGAGCUCCCCGGCGACCCCCUCAGCACCAAAAGCCGGGUGCUGGAGACCGGGGCCAGCAUGGUGCAGGACUUCGCGCCGGUCAAGAACAUCUGCGCGCACUUGAAUGCCUUCCACGUGUACGCCUCGGACAAGACGCGCUGCGUGGAGGCGAAUCACUACUGUUCGCAUAUCACGGAGGAUAUAAGACAAUGCCUCCUCUACGACAGUCCCACCCCCACCGCCCGCCUGCUAGGGGUGGAAUACAUGAUCACGCCCAAACUCUACAAUAGCCUACCGCCCGAAGAACGGAAACUCUGGCACACGCACGAGUUCGAGGUCAAAUCGGGGAUGCUGGUGAUGCCGGCGCCGGCGGGGGUGCCCCAGGCGCUCUGGGAGAAGGCUGAGACGGCCGAGAUGCAGGACAUCAUCCCACUGUACGGCAAGACGUACCAUUUCUGGCAGGUGGAUCGCGGGGAUGCCGUGCCGAUGGGGGCGCCGGAGUUGAUGGCGAGUUUUACAUCCGAGGAACGCGUCAAGAUUGCGAAGCCCGGGGGCAUGCAGGAGUUGUGUGAAGGGAGGGAUGGGAGGUUUGGGGUGGAUUGGAAGCAGAAAAAGAGGGUGAGGGAGGGGUUGCAGGGGGUGGAGGGGGGGUUGCAUCCUGAUGCGGAUGCGAUGUGGGAGGAUUGA